AUGCGCUCACCACGCCGCGACCUGAUUACCUCCUCACCAUCGCUACUACGUCUGGCUGUCAUUGCUCUCACAAUCAGUCCGACAUUGGCAAAUCCGCUCAUUCCAAAGGAACUCGGCAUUGGUGGCUUGUCAUUGAAUUCGCUGUUCGGAAGAGGCAGUUGCGAGACUCCUUGCGGGUGGUCUGGUCAGCUUUGCUGCACUGGCGGAGAGUCAUGUUAUACAGAUGCGAGCAACCAAGCACAGUGCGCAUCAACAACGGCGCCUGCAAAGAGUGAAACCACAGGAUACUGGAAAUACUGGACAAGCACCUGGAUCGAGACAGACACCGUCACAAGAUACAGUACUGGAAGUUCUUGGUGUGGUGAUGCUACAUCCACCGCUGCCGUCGUUGGUGGGGGCGGUGCAGCUACCUCAGUCUGGGUAGCCCCUUCCUCUGUCGCUGCAUCGCCAACUGCUUCGGUUACGUGUAAUUGGGACAGUGGCCAGUCAUCUUGCGGCAACAUCUGUUGCGCAAGCGAUCAAUACUGCUUGACUUCUGGUCAAUGUGCAGCAGCCGCAGGGGCAGGCACUUCCAAACACAGCUCAGGAAGCUCAACUGGUAUUUCUCCCGCCAUCCGCCCAACAAGUAGCACUUUGGUAAUCGUCACAGCAACUUCAUCCCCUACGACGACGGUCCCGUUCCUCGCGCCUGUUGCUACAGGCGCCAAUGUCACCCUUACCGGAGCAGAAGCUAGUAACUCGCAUGGUCUUUCUGGCGGCGCAAUCGCCGGCAUUGUGAUCGGUGUCAUUGCCGGCCUCCUCUUGCUCUCGCUUCUCUGUCUCUUCUGCUGCGCUCGAGGCAUCUGGGUCCUUCUCUUCGGUGGCCGCAAAAAGAGACGUACAGAACGUACCGAAGUCAUCGAGUCCCACCAUCACAGAGCCUACAGUGGCGCAGGAGGCGCAGCCUAUGCUGGCAGCCGUCCAGACGAAAGAAGAUGGCCUGGCUCCCAAGCCCCUCGCAAAGAGAAAGGAAGAAGCAAAUUCACCGAGAUGCUGGGCAUUGGUGCUGCACUGGGCGGCUUAGCCGCUGUCCUCGGUUUGAAGAGAAAGCAUGAUCGCAGAAGAGAUGAAAAGAGCGAUUACAGCAGUGCUUUUACGGACGCCACCUACAGUGACUACUAUACCAGUGAGAACUAUAUUGAGCCAAAUACUGAUCCCAUCAACAGGCAGUGCAAGCUCCGACGACAGACGUACGAGAGGUGGAGACACGAGACGCCCGUCACGCCACAGAUGAACGAGAUUGAUACGACAAACAUGGGACUGUGA